AACGGUGAUAAUACAGAGCAGUAGAGUCAGUGAGACCGCCGAUUAGCCUGCUGUGUCUAGAGAUGGCGUCCCUUCUGCAGCCAGAUAGAGUCGUCUAUCUGGUUCGCGGAGAGAAGAGGAUCAGAGCCCCUUUGUCUCAACUGUAUUUCUGCCGCUACUGCAGCGAGCUACGAUCUUUAGAAUGUGUGUCUCACGAGGUGGACUCCCAUUAUUGUCCAAGCUGUCUGGAGAACAUGCCAUCUGCAGAGGCUAAACUUAAAAAGAACAGGUGUGCAAAUUGUUUCGAUUGUCCAUGCUGCAUGCACACACUGUCUACUCGGGCCACCAACAUCCCGGCUCCUCUGCCUGAUGACCCUACCAAGACGGCCAUGAAGAAGGCCUACUAUCUAGCCUGCGGCUUUUGUCGCUGGACCUCCAGGGAUGUGGGAAUGGCUGACAAAUCAGUCGCCAGUGGCGGAUGGCAAGAGCCAGAAAACCCUCAUACUCAGCGGAUCAACAAGCUGAUCGAGUAUUACCAGCAGCUGGCGCACAGGGAGAAGCAGGAGAGAGACCGGAAGAAGCUGGCCAGGAGACGACAGUGCAUGCCUCUGGCAUUCUCGGAAAAAUAUGGCCUUGGAACCAGACUGCAGAGGCAGAGGCCUGGAGCGCCCAUAUCAAACCUGGCUGGCCUUUCCCUUAAAGAGGGUGAGGACCAGAAGGAGAUCACUAUCGAACCUGCCCAGGCCCUUGAUGAAGUAGAACCCCUGCCUGAAGAUUGUUACACCAGGCCCAUCAGCUUACCAGAGGUGACCACGCUGCGCCAGCGGCUUCUGCAGCCUGACUUUCAGCCAGCGGGGGCGUCUCAGCUCCACCCCAGACACAAACACCUCCUGAUGAAGCGCUCACUGCGCUGCAGGAAAUGCGAGCACAACUUGAGUAAGCCAGAGUUUAAUCCCACUUCAAUCAAGUUUAAAAUUCAGCUGGUGGCAGUGAGUUACAUCCCUGAAGUGAGAAUUAUGUCCAUUCCUAAUCUCCGGUACACGAAGGAGAGCCAAGUGCUGCUGACCCUCACCAACCCAGUGGAGAACAUCACCCAUGUCACACUGGCUGCCUGUGAGGGGGAAGAUCCUGAUGACAUCAACAGCACGGCCAAGGUUAUAGUACCCACCAAGGAACUGGUCUUGGCAGGAAAGGAUGCUGCUGCUGAGUAUGAUGAAUUGGCUGAACCUCAAGACUUUCAGGAUGACCCAGAUGUUGUUGCCUUCAGGAAAUCCAACAAGAUUGGUUUCUUCAUCAAAGUGAUCCCUCAGAAAGAAGAGGAUGCAGAUGUCGUGGUUUCAUUUAAGAUUCGACAUGACUUCCGCAACCUCGCGGCUCCCAUCAGGCCAAGCGAGGAGGGUGCUGAAACCAUCCCGGAGGCCAUUUGGCUCACGCACCACGUGGAGCUGAGACUGGGACCACUGGCUCCGUGAAAGUGAAUCAUCUGCAACCAUCAGUCAAUCUUAGUGUUCUUUGAACUGCAUUCUGUAAACUGUGGGAUUAAUUUCAUUUCCAAAUGAUUUCUGAUUGUGCUUAUUGAUAUUUAAGAAGUAUUUGAGAUCUGCUUUUUUUUUUUUUUAAGGUUUAGUUCCAUCAUCAGAUAUGUUGCCGAACAUACAGUAAAAACACAAAAACAUGGCUGAUAGACUACCUGAUAAGUUCAUCAAGUGUAACUAAAUUUAUAACCAAAACAUGACAAUAUACUGUAUUUUACCAAUACCAUCAUCCUUAAACACUAUGGUAUCUAUCAGUAGAAAAGCACUGUCAGCGUGAGGUUAGGAGAAACAGAUAUAUACAUAUAAUUACUUAUUUGCAAAAAAUGUUAGGUUUUGCUUUGUUCAAUUUGUUUUCUGUUGCUGGAAUGUGAAAAUGGAUUUCAUGGUUAUACAUAAAGUAUUUUCUUAAAUGGCAAAGCAAUUGUAACUACCUGGCCUCUGUCUCUACACUCAGUAUGUUGUCCUAUUAAAUCUGUUAUGUAUGGCUUUUUUGUUUUUUUUUUUCUUUCUGUAAAAUAUCUUUAAUGCGCGUAGAAAAAUGUUAGUUUAUGUUUAGAGAUGAGAGAUUGUUUAAUACAGCAACACUGUCAGAAUGGUAGAGAAUAAAUGAGUGAAAUCGAUGAGCAGAUUAUAUUUGCGAACGAAUCCCAGCCAUGCAGCACACACCUCCACGCUUUGAGCUCACGUAUCUUUGUCGGCAUCCUUUCCUGCAACAGUGGAAUUGUAUUAGCUCGCAUGUUUCAACUAUAGUAAAUAUCCCAUAACACAAUUACUGCUCCUGUACUGUUUUCUUACCAGAAAGGAUCUUCUUGGGCUGAAGGUGCUUCAGGCCUGCAAUUUUGCUAAAGUCUGAAGUCGAACCUUCACUGGAACUAUGGAGAGGAUGUAUUAAAUGUAUUCAGACACUAAUUUUUUUUCUGAUUUAAAAAUGUUUUGUAGAAUUCACUGACCUCCUAUAUCCUAAGCUGCUGUCAUGUUUGGUCUGGUGUGUUAGUUAAACAGAGCCUUCCAACAAACACAGUUAAUUCUCUGUACCCGCUAAUAAACAAAUGUGAUACUGUAAAA